AUGACCUUUUCCUGCACAUUAAUCCUGGUGUCCUGUCUGGUUGUGUUAGGAAGAACGGACACUGGGAACCCAGGAGCAGUAGUGAGAAUCACACAAAAGGGACUGGAUUAUGCCCGCCAGAUAGGAAUCAAUGUCCUGCAACAGAAGUUGUCAAGUAUUCGACUACCAAAUUAUUCAGGGUCCUAUGAUGUGGGAAUCCUGGGAAGUGUGGAUUAUCAAAUCUCUGGCAUGGUUAUAACCAACGUCCAGCUGUCCAGCUCACAAAUUGUGUGUGUUCCUAAUGUGGGCCUGAAGGUUUCGAUUAUUCAGGCUUUUAUCGAAAUACACGGAUAUUGGGGAGUAGAGUACCUGUUUGUAUCAGACAGUGGUGACUUCACUUUACAGGUCCUGGGAAUAUCCAUUUCUGUUGGGCUGAGUUUAGGAACUGAUGGAUCUGGUAGACCAACAGUGUCCACCUCCGACUGUAGUGCAAACAUUGGAGACAUGAAUGUACACUUCACAGACACCUUU